AUGCACGCCCCUUGUGACAUUUGCAUAAUUUGGGGGCUCCUAUUUGUUUUUUGCCCAUUAUAUAUUGCCUUUCAUAUUCUGGUGAAACUCCAUGUGCAGGAUCUUUGCAUCCUGAUUCUGUCUUGGCAGAUUGGGCAUCAAAGAUCUUGCAAGGAGAAUUCACUUUCUGAAGGUUGCCAGUGGCUGAGACAGGAACUCAGAGCUAGAGAUAUGAAUCAGUACGAUAGAGAGUGCAUGAAGAUCGCCAUGUUAAAACAGGAAGAGAUCUUCAGGUAUCAGGUGCAAGAACUCCACCGUCUGUACAAAAUCCAGAAACUGUUGAUGACGAGGCACCAUGAGCUGCUUGACUACUUUGCACUCCCAGGCCCAGCAAAGAAAAACAGCACGCUCACCGUGGAGCUGGAAGAGAGUGAUUUGGAGCUGAAGCUUGCCGCCGGAAACGACAGAGCUCCGUCAAAGAAAAACAGCACGCAGUUGGCUUAUGAUUCAGGCUCGAGCUUUUCUGGCAGAAGAUCAAACGAAGAAGGAGAAGAUCAAGCAACCUCGUUGGCUCUUCCAGUCUUCCAAACAGAACAUGAUCGUUUAUUUCAGAUUGUGAUUGAUUUGUGAUGGUCCGAUCCUUGUUGGGUACGUAGUUCUAGACCGUAUUUGCAUUCUCAGUGCCCACGAAGCUGAGUUAUAUCGAAAUCUUUGGAAUUUUUAUAAAGGGAUUGCUAGCUUGAUUCA